AAUAUUAUCUGUAGUCUAGCUUCCAAAUAUGUAUCUUCCUACCUUGUUAACGUUUUCUCUCCUAGUUUCAAUCUCUUGUGGUGAUACAGUUUGGGACUUUUGCGUGGGAGACUUGAGCCUACCUAGUGGACCGUCAGGGUACGCUUGUAAGGAUCCUGCUAAAGUCACGGCAGAUGAUUUUGUGCACUCGGGUUUGGGUGUCGCGGGUAACACUACUAACAUGUUUAAAUUCGGUGCAAGUGUAGCGUUUAGCCCUCAAUUCCCAGGGUUAAAUGGUAUGGGAAUUUCCAUGGUACGAGCAGACUUAGGUGUUGGUGGAGCCGUACCAAUCCACACUCAUCGAGUGGCGGAACUCCUCGUAUUAGUUGAGGGUACCGUCAUUGGUGGGUUCAUCGACUCAAACAACACGGCAUACUACAAAACGUUACAUAAGGGAGACAUUAUGAUCUUCCCACCACAACUUCUUCACUUUCAGGUCAAUGUUGGCUCAACACCGGUUGUUGCGUAUGCAAGUUUUGCGAGUGAUAAUCCCGGCGUCCAACCAGUUGAUGCGGUGUUUACAAACGAUCUACCGUCCAAGGUGGUUCAGAAGGUCACUUUGCUUGAUCAUGCACAAGUCAAGAAGCUUAAGAAAGUAUUUGGUGGCAGUAAUUAAUUAAUAACUGAUUAUAUAUACAUUAAUUAAUGUCAUAUUUUUGUGAUUCCUUUUUUCAGUGAUAAAUCCUUGAUUAAUGUUUUGCACAAGUAACUUCCAAAAAGCUAGAUAGUUUUGCCUCAAAAAAAAAAAAAACUAGAUAGUUGUUUCUUGGCUAGAUAGUUGAAUAAAUUUAAUUUUUUUUUCACAAAUUAACAAUAUAUAUACCGAGAAACUCCUGCAUAAUGUAAAUAACUUAAUCUCUUACCAUACACAUAUACGAAGUUUGUGCUAUAAAUUACUCACGCGGAGAAGUUGCAUCAUCAUAAUUACUACUGUACAAAGUACUGUAUUAAGGAGGUAAAAUGUUGAUAAGUGACAACACUAUUUUUUUUUACAGGUGCUAAACCAGGGACAACACUUAUAUAUAUAUGAUAAGUUAUCACUGAUAACAAUGUUAAAUGGCGUCAUAAAAUUGAGCUAAUGGCAUCAUUUAAAUCGGUCCGAACUCCAGGUAUAGAAAUUUACUUUUUUUUUUUUGGUCUUCAGUUUAGUCUGGUUUGAAAUCCUUCAUAAUAGGUCUUGGACGUGACAGAUUAUUUUAUUAAGAUUAACCUUAAUAAGUUAGGAACAAUUUACUAUAUGAGCUUUAUUUAUUGGACUUACAAAAAGAAGAAAAAAAAAAGUUGUUUUACUUAUAUGUUUUUUCAAGUUUUUGAUAAUGUUAUAUUUUUUGAAUAUUUUCAAAUAAUAUUCUAGAAUCAAUUUAAAUAGGUCUGGUUCAAGUUUGGACUGACAUCUCAACUUAUUAAACCUUAUCUAAUUUUAAAUAAAAUAAUAAGUUUAGGUUAAAUAAGAUUAGAAAAAAUAACUCUAGCCAAGAUAAAUAUGAAGGCUAUUAACAAGUUUUGAUGCCCUCUAAGUAGGGGUGAGCGAAAAUUCCGGAAACCUAGAAUUGAAACCCGAGGGUUCGAAAUCGAAAUUGGAACAGUGGUUUCAUUUUUGGGUAAUAAAUUAAGGAAUCGGUUCCAAUCCCAAUUCCAAUUCUCAACUUUUAUGGAACCGAAACUGGUUAGAUACUGAUAAGUCGUGUUUUGUGUAUAUUAUUUGCACUACAAGAAUUAAGCUCAUUUCCGACGGAAAAUUUCCGUUGGAAAAUUGUGAAAUUCCGUCGAAAAUCGUCAUUUCCGUCGGAAAUCCGU